AUGACCCAUGACAACAGUCUGAAAGUGUGGAUGGAAACAAGUGGGGCUGAAGGCUCUUCCAAGGAAGAAGAUAAAGACAGCAAAGAAUUACAGGCACUCCAGAUAAAAAUGGAGGCAGAAAAAGUAAAAGGACAAAUGAAAGAUCAAAUGAUUAUGGAGCUGCGUUCUGAUAAAAUCCAUCUGCAGCAACAAGUGUCACAGUUGGAGGAAUUUCUGAAGCUGCAUGUAAGGAAAGACAAGAAGGAAAUCCAACAAAUAAAAUCAGAGGAUGAAAACUUUCCACUGCCCCCCAUGGACGGUUAUCCAAACUGCAAAGAGAAAUUGAAGUGGAUGAAGGACAUGUGGAGGACUGACCCCUGCUACAGCCACCAUGGGGUGAAUGGGUCUCUGCCUUCCUUCUUCAUUUACCUUAGCGAGGUAGAGUCCUGGUGUCCUGUCCUUCCAGGUCGAGUGGUCCCCACAGCUGCAGCGGAAAACUCAGAGAAAAAGAUGGACCCUGCAGUGAUAAAGGAAAGCUUCAAAGGUCUUUACCCAUCUCUGGCAAACAAAGGGCAGUUGCGCUGGAUCCACCAAAGAAUUCAAAGUAUGGAAGAGGUCUGGGUGGAGGCCGGUCGCUCUCUGUCAGCCAAAUACAACCUCACAGAGCGGACAGCCAAACAGAUCCUGGUGCAUCCUGGUGCCUUGACAGAUGAAUCGGGAACACGCAUUGCAGAGGGUGCUUUCAGCGGUGGCCCGCUUGGGGAGCAGGUCCAGUGGAGUGACCUUAUCGCCACGCUUUAUAUCCUGGGUCACCAUGUUCAUCUUUCUGCCUCCAUACCUGCUCUGAAGGCUUUUCUACAAGGUAAGACAAAUGGCUGCCCAUCUCGACACUUAAAAGUGGAACCAAACCUGAUCUAUACAGACAUUGUUGGCCUUCGACAAAUUCAAGAAGUAAUUGGCUCAUCCUGGAUCAAAUAUAAGUGUAUAUUUCGUAUUUUGGAUACUUUUGGCACUGAGCCAGACUUCAAUCACCCAGACUGGGUCAAAAAGCACCACCUUCAUGGUCCAUUCGGAGGCCUGAACAUGACCCUACUGCAGUUCUACACCAUGUUCCCUCAUACACCAGACAACACAUUCCUCGGCUUUGUGGUGCAGCACCAGUUAAUGUCCAAAGAAUCGGAGCAGUUUAAGUCUACCAAGAGACAGAACCAGGCUCUCGUGUAUGGAAAGAGAGCCACAUUCUGGCAGGGUAAAGAGGCUUAUGUGGAUCUUAUUCACAAGUACUUGGAUGUCCACGGGACGGCUGACAAUACUGCUGCAAUUCCAAGCUAUGUGAAAAACCACGGCAUUAUCAAAGGGCAUGACGUACAGACCCUGUUGAGACAAAGUAAGGUUUUUGUGGGGUUGGGUAUACCAUUAGAAGGACCCGCCCCUCUGGAAGCCUUAGCCAAUGGCUGUGCUUUCCUAAACCCAAAGAUACAACCACCACUGAGCAGACUGAACUCAGAGAUAUUCAAAGGAAAGCCCACCAUCAGAGAGGUGACAUCUCAGCAUCCUUAUGCUGAGGCCAUAGGAGAGCCCUACGUAUGGAUGGUAGAUAUACACAACGAAACAGAAGUAAAGAGAGCUCUCACUGCUAUACUCAAUCAGACUAUUGAACCCUACCUUCCUUAUGAGUUCAGCUGUGAAGGAAUGCUCCAGAGGGUCAACGUCCUGAUUGAAAAACAGGACCUUUGCUCCAGUACAAGGAGUUGGCCCCCAUUCAGUGCGCUCCAGGUAGUGAAGGCAGAGGCAGGUACUUCUUGUAAGAAGGCCUGCCAGAGGAUGGGACUGAUCUGUGAACCUGCCUUCUUCCCAAACCUUAACAGUGUCACGAAUCUUGCGAAGUACAGUGUAGACUGUCAAACAUCAGAGUUUUCUGAUGGUCAUUUGGUGUAUCCAGCCAUCACAAACAGUCGUAAACACUGUGUGUUCCAGUCGGACCCUCUACUCUUCAGCUGUGUGAGAUCGGACCAGUCCCUGAUUCGCAUCUGCCCCUGUAGGGACUAUAUUAAGGACCAGAUAGCCUUAUGCAAGGCAUGUGUCUAACUGCUGGAUAGCCAACAGAAACAUAUGUACUAGACAGUAUAUUGUCUGAGCAAUACAACAAAGGUUAUCCUAGGAUCAAUGUACAGCAGCAGCACCUCAUAUCAACAUAACUAUUUCCAUCUGGCUUGGCAGCAGCAGGUCUCCAGGUCUGAUUUUGGCCUUUUCCAGGUUGGGGGUUAAAGGGGGUUUUAACUGAAUAUGUAGACUAAAAGAUCACAAACUGAAUACUCUUGGACUUUAGGUAAGGUGUGUGGAAUCUUUACUAUAGGAAAUGGAAGUAAAGUGAAGAUGACUUGAAAUAGUGUUUAAAAACAGACCUGUGUCUUGUAAUCCUGACACUUUUAUUCCACUUGAUCACUAUACAGCUUUUUCUGAGCAGAACACAGUUAACAGGAGUUUUAUGUCUGACUGUUCACUCUGGUAAUAACUGGGAUUUUUGUUCUGCCGCUACAAGAUGGCU